GUGAAUGCUCGGGGCGAGGGGAGGGGGGGGCAAACAUGGCCGACGAGGCAGGGGAAGUAAACACAGCUGUUGAGGAUGGCGAAGCAAAACAGCCGCCGCAUGAGCCCGAAGUUUCAGGAGCCGCGACCGACGGCGAGUCCGGCUGCAGCGACGACCAGGACCGGGCCGAGAAGUCUGCUCCGGCUCCGGCGGCGGAGACCAGCUGGUCGGCGCCCCUCUUGUCUCUGGCUCGGAAGGCCACGGAGACGAUUAGCAGCGGGGUAAGCUACGCCUCUGCCCCGAGAAAUCCCUCACAGGGAUCCGCUGCGAGCUCCCCGACGGAGACGGAGCCCGAAAACGAUCUGGAUAACGCCUCGAAACAGCUCCCAGUUCUGCCCCCCAAAGACCCCAUGUCAAUAGAGAGAUCCAACCUCCUCAGCAUGAUGAAGCUGAGCGUCAAAGUGUUAAUCCAGUCCUCACUGAGUCUGGGCAGGACGCUGGACUCGGAGUACCCCCCUCUGCAGCAGUUCUUUGUCGUCCUGGAGCAUUGCCUCAAACACGGGCUGAAAGCCAAGAAAUCCUUCAUUGGUCAGAACAAGUCCAUAUGGGGACCUCUGGAGCUGGUGGAGAAGUUGUGUCCAGAGUCUGUUAACAUUGCCACAAGUGCCAGAGAUCUUCCCGGCAUUAAGACUGGUUUGGGGAGGGCAAGGGCGUGGCUGCAUUUAGCACUCAUGCAGAAGAAAGUAGCUGACUAUAUGAAAACGUUGCUGGACCGCAAAGAUCUCCUGAGUGAGUUUUAUGACUCUGGAGCAUUGAUGGUGGAGGAGGAGGGGGCAGUGAUGGGGGGGCUGCUGGUGGGCCUCAACGUAAUUGACGCCAACCUCUGUAUUAAAGGAGAAGAUCUUGAUUCUCAGGUCGGGGUCAUUGACUUCUCCCUUUAUCUGAAAGACCCUGCUAACAGUGAGACUCCAAAAGACGAUUCCAAGAUGACAGCCAUAUUAGAUCAGAAGCACUACAUCGAGGAGUUAAAUCGUCACCUAAGUGGCACCGUCACUGACCUUCAGGCUAAGAUGGACUCUCUGGAGAAGACGAACAGCAAACUUGUAGAGGAGCUGACAGCAGCAACAGACAGAAUCAACUCUCUGCGGGAGGAACAGGAACAGCUGAGACAGGAGAAUGAGUCCAUCUUGCAGUCCAGCCAGAAAAAGGAAGAGGCAGCCCUUCAGGACAGCCAGGUGGAGCUGGAGACGUACAAACAGACUCGACAGGGCCUGGAUGAGAUGUACAAUGUGGUUUGGAAGCAGUAUAAAGAGGAAAAGCGCAUUCGCCAGGAGUUGGAGCGGGAGUUGGAGCUCCAGGUGGGCCUGAAGCAGGAGAUGGAGGUGGCCAUGAAGCUGUUGGAGAAAGACUCGCAUGAAAAACAAGACACACUGGUAGCCCUGAGGCUCCAACUUGACCAAGUCAAGACUCUUAACCUGCAAAUGUUCCACAAAGCUCAGGACUGGGAACGAGAAGCAGAAAAAAAGCAGGCGGAGGCUGGGCAGCUUGAGCAGAAGAUGGAUGAAAUGGAGAAAGUCAUGAUGGAACUAGAGCAGAGACUACAGAACUCUGAGCGAGAGCGCAAACAAAGUGACCAGUCAGACAAAGAUAUGAAGGUGGAGCUGGAGGGAAAAGUGGAUGCUUUGCAGAAACAACUGACUGACCUGGAUACAAUAAGGCUGGGUUUGGAGAACGAGCUGCGCACUGAGAGGGAACAGAGACAAAGCCUUCAGAAAUCGCUCCAGCGGGAACAGGACAACAGCAUUGAGCUCCGCACACAGCUGCAACAACUCCAGGGGCUGCACACGCAUUGUGAUGUUACGCUGCUUGUUUCCUGUGAAUUGAUGGUGCAGGAGCUGCAGGAUUUGAAGCAGGAGAAGCAGCAGCUGCAGCAGACAUGUGAGCAGCAGGAACAGGCUCUACAGGAGAUGGGACUGCAUCUCAGCCAGUCUAAACUGAAGAUGGAGGACUUCAAGGAGGUCAAUAAAGCUCUGAAGGGCCACGCAUGGCUGAAAGAUGAUGAGGCCACUCAAUGCAAGCAAUGCCUGAAGGAGUUCUCAAUCGCACGCAGAAAACACCACUGUAGAAACUGCGGAGACAUCUACUGCAACAAUUGUUCCAGUAAUGAGCUGGCCUUACCCUCCUACCCUCGGCCGGUGCGGGUGUGCGAUAUGUGCCACUCCCUCCUGCUGCAGAGAAGCACCUCCAAAGCUUCCUGACAAAACACCUGCGAACUUCGAUGUUUCUACAUCUGCUUUCUAACACUGCACAUACUCAUCCACUAUGAUUUACUUACUACCAAAUUACUACUAUGUUAAAAGAAAAACGUCAUCAGAUCUUAUGGAAAUGUGAUUUGGUGUUCCAUUUCCACUGUUACCUGAAAUUCAGGAACAUUAAUUCAUCUGUAUUAAAUAUGGGCCACCUUUUAACACUGAUGGGAUGAGCUAAUAUAGUCAUGCAGACUGUAUGUUAAAGGUCCAGUGUGUAUGAUUCAGUGGCAGCUAGCAGUGUACUUGCAGACUUUAAAGCGUGAAGGAGAUCCUACAGUGGCCACAAAAAGCGUGAAGGCUCCUAUCCAGACCCAGUAUUUGGUUUUCCCUUCUGGGCUACUGUAGUAACAUGGCAGACGACAUGGAAAACACCAAAUCCUUCCUUUAUAUUAUACACUAAUGCAAACAUACCUAUGAAUAUCAAUCCAUUUCUGCCAAUAGAUCCUCUGAAGUGUUACGCUCUGGACCUUUAACAAGACUUAGAUAUUAAUGUGAUCAAUGUUUAUUUGAACUGGAAUAAUCACUUUGACAAUUUGGUACUGGAUAAACUGAUCAUUUAAAAAAAGUCUAUAGUCUCUCUAAUUCAAACCAUGGAUGUAGAUUAUGAAGUUACACCAAGGUUGCUGUUGGUUUUCAGCUUUUGUUGAGGGUCAUUUGUGUACCUGGAUCAUAAAACAUGUGUACUUCACUUUAUCAUUCAACUUGUCAUGCAUCUACUCUAACAUUUACAGCUAUGGCCCCACUGCUGGAUACAUGCAAACCUAUUGUGUAAAUGACUGUAGAAUGUUAAACUAACUAUUUUAGAAUGUAUUAUAACAGGGUUUUGUGGAUUGUGUGGACUGCUACAAAGCCAUUUUCUUAAUUUGGGAAUGGUGACCAAGUGUUUUUUUUAUCUAGGUAUUUGAUAAAUGAAUAAAGCCUCCAGUUUUGCAA